CAGGCAGCUUGUUGCGUGCUAGUGUUAGUCGAUGUAACCUGGUGAUCUAGUAGAUACUAGAAUAGAGACGGUUACUUAACUUGAUAGGUAAAUGGAGAUACUUGUCUUUAAUACGCAGUUUGUUGAUAUCCCCAAAACACUUGUUCGCCUAUUCCUAAAAGGUAUGUCUACCUUGCUCUUGCUCACCCUGGUGGCGGUGGUCAUCAGUGUCCAGUGGGUCAGCGCUGAUUAUGGCAUUGACAAAACAGUGUGUUCGCCAGCAACGCAGAAAGUGAUUUCCCCGCCCCCGGCCAUCACGACCGGCAAGUUGUUCUCCGUGGCAAUAGAAUGGCGGGAGCUCAUCAGCCAGCGGACAUACAACGUCAGAGAGUAUUACGACGAGGAACGGAAGCUGGGCAGUCUCUACAUCCAGAUUCCACCCCAGCAGAAUGUCAAGGUCAUCUUUGACUACAACACUGACCUGGCGCUCACCAUACAGCUACCAAGUAGUCAGAAUGCUGAGGCGACGUGCAGCGUGAGCAAGAUUGGACCACAGAUGUACCGUUAUGACGACCUGCCGUGGCUCACUUCUGUCAUGCUGGUGUACCGGGCCAUGAUGGCGUCUGAGGACACUCGAUAUGUGGCUAAUUCCACGGUGAAGGCCAUCCGGUCAUAUCCCGUCAGCGAAUGGAGUGCCUGCAUGUAUGACUAUUUCAUAGACAUCACCAGCAACACGAAAAUGUUUUUUUUAAACGACUCAGGGCAGAGUUGGAUGACCCCCCACCUACCGCCGGCCGAGCCCCUUCCGGUCCAGAUGACGAUGCACGCCAAGCGCCACACCAACACCUCGGUACAGGAAUACAGCGUGGUCGGCGACUUCACGGACUUCACACCCUUCCCAGUGUUCCCCGAAGAUGCGUUCCUGACUCCGUCCGGGGUGUUCUGUCCAGGUCGACCACUGACAAAAGAGCUGCCACCUGUAUCGGACCAGUUCUACAUGUUGAUGGAGGUCAUAGACAUGGACUUAAGGAAGAUCACAUUUGAUGAGGUGUGGUUUGACAGUAUAAACCGCCGAGUGCGGCAUGACACCAAAGAAUCUCUCGGCUCCGACCCCAACCCACUGUCUUACAUCUAUAAUUUCGAGACAGGUGCGAGGUAUGAGAGGGACACGUACCUCGGUACGUGUGAUGUUGAACUUAUCCGGGGCGGCGAUGAGUAUACGGCUGUCACUGCCGACAAUCACAUAACUAUUCAAAAUGCCUCGGAGCUGUUCCAUUACGAACAAGCGUCAAUCCAGUAUGCUGGGGAGAUGACGACCCGUGGCACGCUGUGUGACGUAUGGAUCGGGGUCUACUUUGACGUUGACUCCAACAUCAACGCCACGGUGCAGUGGUAUUUCGCGAAGAAAGGCUGGACGCAAGCUGUCGGGACGGUUGUUGUCACGGGCAGUUUCUACCGGAUGGACUUAUGGAGGGGCGGAUCCACGAACCCGGUGAUCUAUAACAUCCACAAGUACACCCCCCAGGCGCAGCACUGGGCCGUGUUUGACUGCGGCGAGUGUUACAAGUAUAACAGUAAAAUACACUUCGUCAUUCAACUCCUUGCUAUGGACAACUUUACCCAACACACUGUCAGCGAGUCCUACCUAUAUGAUCUCAUGCAGGAUGAACUGACAGACCUCAUCUACGAGGAAGCCAACAGAAUGUCCAACAUUCAGGUGGAGUUCGACGGCGGGAACUACCUGUAUGUGUCCGGCCUACUUCUGGACCGGACACCGGUGACCAACGCCCAGGUAGCCAAUCCCGUGAAGCAGCAUCCCCUUCUUCCCGCCUACAACUUCCUCAAGGGGACGGUGGAGACUCAGAGGCUGGUGCUCGUCACCAGCGUGGAGGGCAAGCCGAUUCGACUUAAGACGGAGCGGAUCCAGCAAAUAUCCUUUCCCGAGGACUUCAGCACAGUGACAACACCAACCAACCCAACCACAGCCUUCCUGAUCCCCACGUUACCUGGCAACCUACCUGUCCCGUCUCCCACAAGCCAAGAGAAGACCCCACAACCCAUCAACACGCCAACCGGUCGCCCUGCCCUCACACCCAGGGCUACGGCGCCACCCAUCGUCCACGUCACAACAUCUUCUUCGACUCCACGUCCACCAAGUACUACGAGUAAAGCUGUCUGCUCAUGUCCAACUUGUUCUUGUCCAACGGUCACCUGCCCGCCGAGGACGAGUUCGCCGUGUCCGACAGUGACCACUCAGCAGGCAGUCACAGCCCCGCCCAAACCUUGCCCCACCCAGAAGCUACAGACACAGGCACAACACACACAUGCAGGAGUGUCAACUGGUAAAGCUGUCUGCUCAUGUCCAACCUGUUCUUGUCCAACGGUCACCUGCCCGCCGAGGACGAGUUCGCCGUGUCCGACAGUGACCACUCAGCAGGCAGUCACAGCCCCGCCCAAACCUUGUCACACGCAGAAGCUACAGACACAGGCACAACACACACAUGCAGGAGUGUCAACUGGUGCUUUUGGGGGUGCUAUCAUUGUAUCCCUGAUCCUAGGGGCGGUUUUGUGUCUCAUGGUGAUUGUGGUCACAAGCCGCUACAGGGAACUGCCAUGCAUCGGACAACCACACCAAGACACAGAGACAAUCCCGCUAGACAACUACUCCACGUCGUGAUGUUUCACUGGUGUUCUGUGAUUGUAUAGAGUUGUGAUUGAACAUUCUCGACAAUGAAAAGAUACCUGACACAGUGUUUACAAAAUGAACACCAUGCAUAUAACUUCAUGUCCGCACCAAAUUUACAUUUAUUAAAUAUAACUAUCUUUGUUUAUGGAAUGAAAAUAUUUGAUGACAAAAUGCCUGCAUUUGAUGCCUGGUGCGUCUGAAUUGAUAACAGCUUUUUAUUGAACUCAAAGCAGUGAAUAUGUUGCAUAAACAGAGUGAGUAAGUGGU